AUGAAGUUCUCUGCCUCCUUCCUCGUCACCGUUCUCUCCGCCUCCGCCGCGUCUGCCUUCCAAUACACCCGGCUCGACAAGAACGAUGCUAUGCUCCUCGUCGUUGACCACCAGGAGGGUCUCUUCCAGCUCACGCGGGACCACUCUCCGGUGGAGAUGAAGAGCAACAUUCUUGCGCAUGCGGCGCUGGGGAAGGUCUUUGGCCUCCCAACGGUCUUGACGACGAGUGCUGAGACUGGCCCGAACGGACCUCUGCCGUCGGAGAUCAUUGCGAUGCACCCCAACUCGUCGUUCAUCAAGCGCAACGGCGAGGUGAACGCAUGGGACAAUGCCGACUUCCGGGCCGCUGUCGCGGCCACAGGCAAGAAGCAGGUCAUCCUGGCUGGCAUCACCACCGAUGUCUGCACCAGCUUCUUGGCGCUUUCCCUCGUCGAGGCCGGCUACACCGUCUUCGCGAACGCGGAUGCCUCUGGCACGUUCGACGACAAGACGGCGAGCGACGCGAACGCGCGCAUGCGUGACGCGGGUGUUCAGGUGCUCUCCAUGUUCGCGACCGCUUGCGAGCUGAUGCGCGACUGGCGCAACACGCCCGGUGCAAAGGAAAUGCUUCCCUUCUUCGACACCUACCUUCCCGAGUACGGGUACCUGGCGCGUGCGCACGACGCGGCCGUCACAAACGGUACCCUCUCUGGUCUUUAA